AUGGCUUGGCCUGCAAGCACACAGGCCUUCAGCACCCCUAUCGUCCCUGCCCUCGCGAGUCAGCCUGGGUACUGCGAGGCAUUUGGCACCCGAUCGCGCCCCGGCCUGCGUGAUCUGGUUCCCGCGGUGGCAUACCAGCCCAGUGAGGCCACUCCCCUGUCACAAGUUCUGCGCAACGCCGGAAAGAAGGCGCUGGGCGGUGGCAUUCCCGGAGCCGCUGCCAUGGGCAUCCAGGUGGUGUCUCUCAUGUGGCUGCGCACCACGGUCAACUACCAGUACCGAUAUGGCAUGACCACCACGGCCGCCAUGAAGACGCUGUACAAGGAGGGGGGCGUGCUCCGCUUCUACCGCGGCGUCGGCCCCGCCCUCAUUCAGGGCCCCAUGAGCCGCUUCGGGGACACCGCCGCCAACGCCGGCGUGCUCACGCUGCUCAACGAGUCGGCAUCCACCAAGGACCUGCCCAUCCCCAUCAAGACUGCAGCGGCGUCGGCGGCGGCGGGCGGCUUCCGCAUCUUCCUCAUGCCCGUGGACGCGCUGAAGACCACCAUGCAGGUGGAGGGCAAGAACGGCAUCCCCAUCCUCAUGUCCAAGAUCAGGACCGGCGGCGUCAGCGUCCUGUACCACGGAGCUCUGGCAGCCGCGGCCGCCACCUGGGCCGGACACUUCCCCUGGUUUGCGACCUACAACUACCUGAACGAGGUCCUGCCCCAGUACACCGAUCUCCCAAGGAAGCUGGGUCGCUCUGCCGUCAUCGGCUUCUGUGCCAGUGCCAUCUCUGACACCGUGUCCAACUCCAUCCGUGUGGUGAAGACGACCAAGCAGACUUCUGCCGUGCCCAUGACGUACCCCGAAAUGGUCAUCAAGGAGGAUGGCAUCCUGGGCUUGAUGGGCCGGGGCCUGAAGACCAAAAUCCUGGCCAAUGGCCUCCAGGGCCUGCUCUUUUCCGUCCUGUGGCGCAUGGGCCAGGACUUCUACAACAAGCUGGAGGCCGACAAGAGCAAGUAG